AUGAAUCAAAUAAAUAUUAAUUCUAUGAAUUCUAUAAGAAUUGCCAGUGGAUUCAAUGGCUAUUUUGAAUUGGAUUUUCCAGUGGCGUUAACAAGCUUAUUAAAGCCAACCGAGUACAUAGAAAUCAUUCGUAGAGUCAACAAAAUCAAUAGAGCACCAAAGUUAAUCAUAAUAAGUUCACUGUUAAUUUACCUGUUAGUGGCUAUCUACUUAGGCUGUCUAAGGUUUAAACAACAAAAGAAUCCAAUAUCACCUCUAGUCAUGACAUUUAUAUUGGUUGCACUUGCUUUCAUAAAUAUUAUCAUAGUCAUAUUUACAUUGGAUAGAGCAAGAAAGAGAGUUGAAUAUUAUCUUUAUUGUGUAAACUCUGCCAAUAGGAACAGACUGGUAACCUUUGAGUUUAUAAACAAAUCUAUCAUUGUCAAAUAUCUUCCAGCAACAACACCACUACUUCAGUCAAAUCGAGACUCUGAACAGCAUACUCCAACUUUUAUCAUCCAUCCAGAGAGAUCACCUCACUUCAGUGGUGAACUACAGCCAAUACCUGUGGUGCCUACAUACUACAAAAACAUAGACUCUAUUGAAUAUGAAUUAUUAAAACAAAAACAACAACAAGCACAACAAAAACAACAACAACAAGCACAACAACAGCAACAACAACAAGCACAACAACUGAUACUUACCAAGAGUCCAACUACAAGUAUAAGCACUUCACCAUCUUUGGUCAACGAUAAAUCGAAAAUUGUACAAUCAAUACCAACACUUUCUAUAAAUAAUAAUCAAUGCAGUAGUAGUAAUAACAGUAUAUUAUAUUUAAAUAUUGACGAUUGUGAUGAGAAUGAAGCCAUCAAUAACAAUUCAAUUAAAAACAAGAGUCAUCCUCUAAAGCCAAAUGAAGCAUCAUCAUCGUCCGAUCAUAUUAUCACUUUACCAACAACCAUUCUUUUGACAUCAACACAAAACGUUGAUGACCUGUAA